CUGACGCGACAGCUUAGGGCAAUCAGAAACACCCCCCCCCCCCCCAAAAAAGCAGCUUUAUAGGGAAGGUGCAGCUGCUUUAACUCCUGACGAAGAGCCUAGGAAGUUUUUUCCCCCAUAUUAAACAGGACUCUGCUGUGAUGGACGGUGGUUCCAGUGAUGGGGAGGUGACAGUCCUGCCCCAAACGACAGCCCCACACCAAGAGCGCUACUUCAGCCGUGUAGAUGAGAGCAGCCAGGAGCUCCAGCGAGAGAGGAACAUCACUGCCAACUUGCGGCAGGACCUCAACAUCAUGGAGCACACGAAGAGAGUUUCCAUGAUACUGCAGAGUCCGGUCUUCUGUGAUGACCUGGAGACUCUGAUACAGGACCAACUGAAAAAGGGGAAUAACCCAACCAACCUACUUGCCCUCCAGCAGAUUGCUGACUUCAUGACCACAACAAGCGUGCCAACCAUGUGCCCUGUGGCCCCACAGGGUGGCAUGGCUGCCCUCAACAUGAGUCUUGGGAUGGUGACCCCAGUGAACGACCUGCGGGGCUCAGAGUCCAUCGCCUAUGAGAAAGGGGAGAAACUCCUGCGGUGCAAACUGGCGGCUUUCUACCGGCUCACCGACCUGUUCGGCUGGUCUCAGCUGAUAUACAACCACCUUACAGUCAGACUGAGUUCUGAGCAGGAGCACUUCCUGAUUGUCCCCUUUGGGCUUCUGUACAGUGAGGUCACAGCAUCAAGCCUGGUGAAACUGAACAUGCAGGGGGAGGUAGUGGACAGGGGGAGCACCAACCUGGGGGUCAACCAAGCCGGGUUCACUCUCCACUCCGCCAUUUACACGGCUCGCCCGGACGUCAAGUGCAUCGUCCACAUCCACACGCCUGCCGGAGCAGCAGUGUCAGCCAUGAAGUGUGGCUUACUGCCCAUCUCCCCAGAAGCACUGUCCCUGGGGAAAGUGGCCUACCACAACUACCAUGGCAUCCUGGUGAAUGAAGAGGAGAUACAGAAGAACCUGGGGCCUGAGAGCAAGGUUCUUAUUCUGCGAAACCGUGGCUUGGUGUCUGUGGGAGAGACUGUGGAAGAAGCCUUUCACUACAUCCACAACCUGGUCACUGCAUGUGAGAUACAGGUGCGUACUCUAGCCAACAUGGGAGGCCCUGAUAACCUGGUCAUGCUGGACCCAGUGAAGUACAAAGCCCGACUCCCUCUCUCCGAGACCCAGAGCAGUGCGGACACUGCCCAUCCCAGCUGGCAGCUCGGGGAGCAGCAGUUUGAGGCUCUGAUGAGAAUGCUGGAUAAUCUGGGUUACAGAACAGGAUACCCGUACCGCUGCCCCGCGCUGCGCCAAAGAGGGAAGAAAUACAGCGAUGCGGAGCCGCCUCCCUCUGCCGCGCGCUUGUCCUCUGUGGAGGACUUCAGGUCGGGUCUGCAGACCCCUCUCAAACAGGGCUUUCAGAGGCCGCAGGGAGACCGGGCCGCGAGGCUGCAGGCGGGCCGGUCCGGUCCGGCCUGGGAAGACGGGCUGAGCAGCAGCCCCGGGGGGUCGGCUCAGGUGUGGACGAGCAUCACGCGCGGUCACGUGAAACCCCUUCUGCGCUCUCUCUCCGCGGGCGUCUGCGUGCCCAGCUGCAUCACCAGCUGCUUGUGGACCAAAGAGGAUGCUCUUCGGCAGCCAGCAGUGGCCAAUCAGUUUGUUCCCCUGAACACGAACCCGAAAGACGUGCAGGACAUGAGGAAUAAGAUCCGUGAGCAGAACCUUCAGGACAUUAAAACGGCAGGACCUCAGUCCCUGGUGCUGUCUGGAGCUGUGAUUGAACGCACCCUCAUUCAGAGAGAAACAGUCUGGCAGGAUGCUCCCCUUUCUGACUGUACGGACUCUAUUGAUGGGCUCGAUCUCUGUGAGCAGACCAAUAGCCCUGCUAAAUCCAUUAGAAAGGGCGAGCUGGUGACCGCAUCGAAGGCUAUUAUCAAAAAGGAGUACCAGCCGUGCGUAAUCGUGAGUAAGGCCGGACCAAACCCCUUCAACAAGCUGUCAGACCAGGAGCUGGAGGACUACUGCAAGGAGGUUGAGCGCAAACAGAAGGAAACUAAAGACCAUUUACUGGAAAUAGAAAAUUUACUGGAAACAGAGAAAGAAGCGAAAGAUGAAAUCCUGAAGCAGGCACCCCCCAGCACUCCAUUCAAAGCAGAGGAAGAGUCCCUGCAGGAAGAGAACCAAUUGGAUGAGAGCAGCAUAACCACUUCACAAUGACCUCUGACCCUGGAUGAGCCCCCUGAGGCCCCUGUAGUCUGACUGCUCGGGAACCUCUACCCCAGCCUGAGCACCAGGAACCUACAUCAACGUUGGCCAACCUCGACAGCCAGGAGAAACUCGCUGACCAGGGCAGCAACAAGCAUCCAGCUGGUCCCCCUCCACAAAUACAAGCAUCCAGCUAGUCCCCCUCCACAAAUACAAGCAUCCAGCUAGUCCCCCUCCACAAAUACAAGCAUCCAGCUAGUCCCCCUCCACAAAUACAAGCAUCCAGCUAGUCCCCCUCCACAAAUACUGUACAAUCUCUGCACUCUUUCCCUCCAAAGGAGGAACAAGGAUCCUAAGGCUGUCUUCUUCACAAAAUGCCAUGCUUUUAUUUGUAUAUUUUACACUAGUGUUCACCUCCAGUGUACAAUGCAGUAGGUUUAAAUAUGAUUUGUAGUGAUUGAGUGUAGCUGUGUGGCAGUAGAUGCCUUUUUUAGUCCACAAUUAGAAGUGAGGAUAGAUAUAAUUUCCUUUUUUGAGGUGAAUACUGCAUCUGUAUGCUCAUUUUCCACUAGACUGCGUUAGGACUAUAUUGAAAGUGUCAUUUUAAGAUCCAUAACUUGACCCAUAAGGCUGCUAAUGGCAGCAGCAUUGAGGCUCAUGACAGGUUUCUCUUUAGGUAAAAACAUAGUUAACGUAAUUAACAUAAGUUAAUUACCUGCUGGCUAAGAGGAGCUACUGCACAUUUGCAGGCAAAUCCCUGCAAGUGCGCUGUGAUUCUGCUUCAAGAAAAACAUUUCAUUGAUGAUCAGUUUUAGGCAUGAGGAGUGCAUGAAAUGUAGAAAUUAAACCUUUGGAGGAAAAUGGUUAUUGGCCACAUUCACAACAUGGGAUAAUUGUAGAGUUCGUGCAAGUUCAAAUUUAAGUUCAGUUUAGAUCAUAUAUCACAGGUACUGAAGACACAGAUGCACCAAUUUAAACAGAAGUAAGGAACUUUUUUACGGUCUAUUAUUUUUGUAAAUCAAGCAUCAACAACUUUGGAAAUGAUCGUUAGAUUUGUUUUUUUUAAGUGAGGCCCCAGGAAUGUUCAGUAUCUUUUAUUUCAGUAUUUGGUUACAUUCGUGUUAGUCGGUUCCUUAGGAGUGCAGAGAAUAUCACUUCCUCCAUGUUUCUCCACUAAUGGCCAGUUGGGGAAGGGGGACAUUUUAAAAAUCCAGGAAAUCGGUUGCUGGUGGGUUUCAACUCUUCGAACAAAAGUUAGAAAAUGGUUAGAUAUCUUUGGAAUCAUUAGUGUCCAUCAUAUCCUGAAAGUGUGGAAGUCUCUGAAUCUCAGAUUGUGAGAACAAUGGAGGCAUCUCUUUUGUCUAGUUUUUCAGGUAUGUUCAUAAAUGCAUAAACGCUCUGCCAUUUAAAGCCGAAAGGGAGAUGGUGUCUGAGCACGGACUGUGAGGUUUAAGCUCAGAAUUUAUUGCCUUUCUGUGAUUGUCCAUCUUGAGUUUUCCUGCAAAUAGGAAGGCUUUGACUUGGCUGGAUUGUGUGCUGAGUAAAUUCAUUAACCUCAAAUAUCAGACAGUGUAAUCCAGAUAAAAAUGGUGGACGUGCAGGUAUUUGUGCUGGGUGUAGACACCAUAUAUUACAGCUGUAAUUAUGCAAAAACGGUGGCUUUUUACUUGCACUCACAAAAAAGGAAAAAGGUACUUCACUAGUUGCUACUGGCAGCCACUGUACUGGCAGCCUUGAGCUAGUCCUUUUUAAAACUAUUAUCAUUAUUAUUAUUAUUUAGGGGCCCAAGCAUUGUAUUUCUUGGUUUUGUUGAUUUUCUUCCAUUGAUUUUCACAGUUCUGGAAAAACUACCAGAUGGUUUUUACCAGACUGCACAUUGAUAGAGGGGUACACCAAAUGACAAUUGAGUGAUUUUGGCCCCAGUUAAACACUUAGUGCUACUACAUCAAAUGGUUGAAAAUGCUAUAUUUGACAGGCCAUAACUCCUGAUCCCUUUGACCUAUAAUCAGUGUUCUUUUUUCCUAGAUUCCUCUCCUUUCAUGGAACAGAUUUAUCCAUACGCCAAAAAAGUGUGGUAAGGAUUUUUUUGUUGAAAAACCUUAAGUCGAUCCCCUUUUAGAUGCUUUGACCAAUUUGCACAAGACUUGGUAACUAUAGCAGUUAUUCUUUAAUCCCAGGAUAAGCAAGGUUGCUACGGGUAACCCCAUGCCUGUAGUAAGCCAGUGAAUUCGCAUGUGGGUGUGGCUCUUUACCAAAAAGCUAAUAAAUCCCAAAAGGUGAUGAAACUAUGUGCCUAUUUACCGCUCAAUCCUUAGGACUGCCCUGAAGUACUAUUAAAUGUAGUUUUGCAAAUGUAUUGCCAAGUUAUGCAAGUUGUCAGUUUAUGCAAAAACAUGCCAAAUGUGCAUCGCCUAGAAACUGUUUUACCUGUUUUUUGUGCAAUUAAUUAUUUUUAAAACUCUUGCCCAACUCAUUGUUAUAAUUUGUCAGUAAGAAAGAAAAAAAUAAUUCAUUAAGUGGUUAAAUUCCUAAUCUCUAUAAUACUCAUAGUUGUCCCAUAAAUGUAUUUAUAUUUUGUAUGAUUAAACAGUUAAGAAACAUGUUAAGACCAUACAAACAAUAAUCUGUAUGCCUGUACUGUAAUAUGUUCUGAUUUCUGAAAUCUUAUCUCUGCACAAUCCUGUGGCUCCAUCAUUGUCUUGGACAAAAUGUUCCUGUUCAGUGUACAAUGCAAUCAUUUUUUAUUUUAAAUAAGUCAGUGAAAAAAUCGUACCCACUAUUUUUUCCUCUUGGACUAAAAUGUCUUUAACAUUGCAGACUUUCUGUAAUAAAUAUUUCCUUGCCAGUGUUGAUGAUCAAAA